UCUUUGUAUAUAGAAGUAUUGAAGAAGGAAUUUCUCCUGUGACAGAAAAAGACUUGAAGAAUAGGGAUGUAGUGUGAGAUCAGCAGAUCAAGUCUUGGAAAACUGGUGCUGUCAUGUAGGAUCUGCACUGAAAGAGGAAGAGAUUUACAGUCAGCAUAUGUGCAAUCAACAUAAGGUGAAAUUAUUCAGGUUUCUACAGAUCUUUAUAAGGAUAGAUUGUUUUCUGCAAACUGUGCCUCAAGUGUAAAACUCCAGAUUUUGUGAAGCCUGUGCUGCAAUGACAAUGGAUGUUCCUUAAAGCUUUUGUGAGGACAUUCCUGUUGUGCCUGUGUUGGCAGGUGACAUGUGCACUAUAUUCCAAGGGCUGCUUCAGGUGAUGGAUCCUGCCAUUCAGGAGGUCUUGUUCCUUAGGGUGUGCUGAUGUUUCACCAGUGAAUUGGUCCAGUAUCAAGUCAGACUGAAAAAUGCCAACCCCUCCAACCAAGGAACCUCCUCUGCUCCACUGGACCAGAACUGGGCAUCCAGCCUGAAGAACUGCUUCAAAAGAAUGUAGAUAAUUUCAGCCUUCUUCCAGUCAGUAAAGACAAGCUGUUCAUAACUUUUGGAUUGGGUGAUCACCCAUUUGGCCUAUUUAUUGUUCUCUGAGAUGUAUUAAGAUGGCAUUUGCCUAAGCCAGGUGAGAGGAGAGAAGGGAAAGGUGUAUGGUUUAUCAAAAUCAGAUCCUGUUCUUGAAGGGGUUGAGUGACUGUUAGAACAGCAGCACAGCUUAAAUACCUGGAUUUUGCUUUUAGGUGUGUUGCAGCCUGACCCAAGGAGCCAGUCUGCAGUUAAAGAGUAGGAGAGGAUACACUGAGUGCCUGUUGUUCCUACGACUGUUGGGGAUAAAUAGCAGGUGUGGAGCUGCUCUUGUCCAGGCUAAGGGUUGUGAUGGUGUUGGGAUAGGCUCUCCUUCUUUCAUUCUGCUAGCACUAUGUGCAGAAGUUUGAAGUGAGAGCUGUGGCUACAGUGGUUUGGACUAAAUUCAUGUGCCAGUUACAAUAAUUUUACAAUCCUUGUGUAGCAUGUACUGGGAUACCAGUGGCUGCUAGAGCUGGGAGUUGUCUCUGCAGGAGUUUGGUUUUGCUAUGGGGCUGGCAGUACUCAGGGCCAAGAGCCCAUUGUGCUGCUGAUUUUGAAGUAAGCUACUUCCUCAGAAACUACUGUCACUCCCAGAAUGUUAUUUCCAGGCUUGCUCAGGCAUUUUUCCCAACACAAGGAUGUAUCAAUCACACAUCACAGAGCACAGAUCAUGUGUGUACAAGGGACACAUCUGUACAGCACUUUUCUAAGAGGUAAUAUUUAGGACCUUGUUGUUCCAGUGUGCAUGUUUCCUUGUGAUUUAUGAUGCUUGUAAAUAAGGGAAUGUGUUACAUUUUUGGAAAUUUGCCUUUAUGCAGAAGAAUUAAAGACUUGAACUUUAAAAAUCCUUGUUAGUCUGCUUUUGCAGGUGUGUUGUCAGUUUGAUUAUAAAAGGAAUAUGUGGCUUCAGUAGUCCUUUCUUGUUUGUUUUAGGGUGUUUACUUGGUUUGGGUAGUGAUUUUGGAUUUUUAGUCCUUGCCAAAAGGGGAAUAGAGGAGUCUUCAGAGAUUAAAAUUAGACUCUUGAAGGCAGUUUACAAUUCUGGUUUUGUCCAGCCCCUCAAUUUUAAGGCAUUGUAGCUUAGUGGGAGGGAGCAGCUGAAUCCCAGCACCCAUUCUGCCAUGGAAAGGGGUCCUGCUGGAGAAGAAGGAGCUGCUUGGUGAGAGUGAUGGGCUGCUGAGAAAUACUUAAACUCAUCUUAAGUAUUUUAUGAGUAUUAAGUGCCCUUAAGCUUUUGUCUGUGAUGGACUGGGCCUGCAAUGGAUUUAGGGACACAUCCGUAGGAUUUUCCAAUUCAGCAGUCCUUAAAAGAUCUUUGUAUAUCUUGGUUGAAGAUGAGACUAGACAUAGCAUCACCAAUCUGCCUGUGGCAGUUAAAUUUUGGGCAGAUUUAUUCCCUAAUCCAGAUUCUGUGUGCUUGAACAAGCUGUGGUAGCACAAGGGAGGGAAUGAAACAGCAGAUGAAGUUUGACGUCUGCUAAAGUCAUUUAGCAGACCUCAUAGUGCUGCCAGUGGAUGUAGAAUCAUCCUGUGUUCUAAUUAGUAACCUGAUUAGUCUAAAUAGAGCACUCAAAACUGGAAUGCAGCCUGUCCAUGCACUUGUUUACCUACCCAAGGCUGUCUGACACAGAGCUUGCAAGUGAGGUAAGUGAAGCAGAAGUCUAGCACUCCACCCCCAGUUUUUCCUUUAAUUUUACCCAACUUAAUUAAAUCUCCUCUGCAUAAAUCUGUGCUCGGUUUAUAAUUAAACCAAAAUAUACCCUGAACUUCAGCAGACAAGUUUCAAUUUCUCCCUAAAGUGACAAGUAUCUUCUCUUGGCAUUCUUCCACUGGGAGAAUCUCGUUAUAGAUGAUACAUUAUCUGUGUUUGUGGAAACCAUUCUUCACAGCCAGUUGUGAAAUGCCAGGGCUUGUGUGUACUUUAUUUUGUUUCUAAAACUCCUUUGAGGUCACAGCUGAGGAUAUCUCCUCCCCUUAAAUUCCCACCGUGGUGUGAAACAGCUUUUCUGAAGGAUUUUUGUUGCUGACAAGGACAGAAAGAUGCAGUGCAGCUGUAAUCCCUGAGCUGUGUCCCAGCAGAUAGUUCUGCUGGAUAAACUGAAUUUGAUUUUUAGAUAGUGCUGUGCUCAAAGUCCAUUGUGGCUUCCAGGCUGAAGGGAGGGGAGUUUGUUUGUGCAUGUUUUGAACCUCUGCUGUACUUCAAGCAUGACCUUGGUUCAAGAACACAGUUCUGUUUUCCAUAGUGGUGUGUGGGAAAGGAGGGGUUCCAGCAGAGCAGACUUUUCUGCAGGAAUGUGGAUGUUCAGGCAGAUGCCACACAGAUGUGUGUUUGUACAAAAUUUACUAUAGUAAGCCAGACAACAGGAAUUGAAUUUUUAAAGUAAAAUCUCCUCAUGCGUAGCAAGGCUGAAAUGUAUCUUUAUUUAAAAAAAAAAAAAAAUCAAAAGCAAAUACCACCUGUUAUUUUGUGCUCAGAAAGUUUCUCCAAAACCAUUGCUGCACUUCGAUAGUUGCUUUAAUGUUUUAAGCUGAUUAGAAAAACCCACCAAACAAAUUUUUGUUUGCUACUUCUGCCGUCUGUUUUACCAGAUGGAGACAUGGUUUAGCCAUGGACUUAGCAGUGCCUCAUUAAUAAUGGUUGUACUUGAUGAUCCCACCUUAAUGAACCUGUUAUUGUAUGGCUUUUUCAACCUUAGUCAUCCAUUGUAAGGCCAGAAGAAAACCAUCUCUCUGAAGUGUCCCACCGGUCUUCAGGCUGCAAAUGUAUUAUUGUUUAACGCUGUUUGUGUUCUGCUGGAGUUCUUCAGGUUGUUUCCAAAUUACUGUUCUAAAAUGAGUGUAUGCCCAGUAGUGGGACCAGCGGGAUGUCACUGUGCAUGUGUAAGUAAAAACUCCAGAAAGGUCCAUGGACCAAGUGACCACCUCGUGUCGUUACCCAACCUUCUUCGCUAUUUUUAGGGAAUUUAAAGCCACGUCAUUGUGAAAUUUAUGUAUUGACUGUGUGGAGUGGGGUUUGAACUGCCACUUGAACUACCCUGUGCGCUUCAUGGACUGUACAGCCUUGCCGGGGACCGUCAUCCUUCAUAUUUAAAUCGCGGGAAUUUGUAUUUUUCUUUUUGUUUGGGCUGGAUUUUUCCCUGUUGAGUCCCGCCGCCACCGCGCGCCAAAACCGCGCGCCGCCGCGCUCGAUUCUCCCGCCAACACGCCCCGGGGGCGGGGCCGGGCGGAGCGGGCUGAGCCAUUACCCUGCCGGGGGGGCGGGCGAUGUGUGUGAGCGUCUGGGGGCGCGGGGCGGCCGCUGCGCUUUGCCUCUCGCCCCCCCCCCCCCCCCGCACCUAUCCCGUGGAUGCGCCCCGCGGGGAGGCGGAGCGGGCGUGUCGCUCUGCGCCGGCGGGAGAUGCGAAGGGCCUGAGCGGGAAGGCGGCAGCGCUCCCUCGGCUCUGCCUCUCCGCCCGCCUCAGCUGCCCUCGCCUGCCAGUCCGUCACCGCCCGGCUCUCCUUCACCGACCUCCUCAGCUCCCCGCGCCCGGCUCUGCCUGCAGGCCUCCCUCCCGAGGAUACCCCGCGCCAUGUCCUUCCGCCAGAGGAGCCCGCAUGGCAGCACGAAGAGCAGCCCUCAGCACCCCCCGCGCUGGGCCCAGGCGCGGAAACGCGGCGCCGAUGGGAAGCGGCGGAGGCAGAACGAGCCCGAGUCCUCAGUGUUUGAGGAAAACGAGCCCAGGCCUGAGGACAGCCGGCUGGACAGUUUUACAACACCAGAAGGUCCUGGACCCCUUUCCAGAUGUUUAGACUGGGCAACUGCAGUGGAAGAAGAUGAAAUGAGGACCAAUGUUCACAAAGAAAUUGCAAGACACAGAAGAAAACUCCUGAUAAAUGAAUUUUCAAGAGAAAGGAAGUCCUCCUCAGGAAGUUCUGAUUCAAAGGAGUCCACGGUGACAGUAGAACUUGAGACAGAUGAGGUGGUUUUGAUGAGAAGACAAAAACAGAUAAACUAUGGAAAAAACACAAUUGCAUAUGAUAGAUACAUUAAAGAAGUUCCUAGAUGCCAUCGUAUCCCAGGAGUUCAUCCCAGAACUCCAAACAAAUUUAAGAAGUACAGCCGUAGGUCUUGGGACCAGCAAAUCAAACUGUGGAAAGUUGCUCUGCAUUCCUGGGAUCCUCCAACUGAAGGAGGAUGUGACCUGCAGGAAAUUUGUCCUGUUGACCUUGGUGAGAUGGAGACAGAAUCUGUUGGAAGCAAUUCUACUGAAUCUCAAACAAGCUGUCAAGAAAAUGAUGAUACCUGUUCUGGCACUCCCACCAAAGUUAGACAUGUUGACUAUCAAGCAGAAGGAGAAUUUGACUUGGAAGUGUGUUUGAGUGAGCCACUGAAAGAAUUUGAUACUGUGAGUUAAAUAGUCUUGUGCAACCUGUUUUAGAGAAAGUUUCUUUUAAAUUUGAGAGGUUAGCUUGAUCCAUAACCUGUUAAUAGUAAGAAACCUUAAGCAAAGUUGAAGACUGUUCUCAAAGCUGUGAUUGGUCCAGGUAUUCUCCAGACCAAACUUAUAUAAAAUUGCAAUUAAGUUGUGUGACUUCUUGUUAACUUUUAAUUUAUGUAUAUCAGAUUUUUUUAUAAAACUUUUCAAUAGUAAAACUAGCCAAUGGCAGUGCUAUCCUCUAGUAAUUAUAAAUAGCACAUCAAGAUCUUACCAAUUUCCCCCACUCCCUCCCCCACUGUGAACAUGAUUUCAGUUGUCCACCUGCAGAUCAAGAGCCAAGUUGGGGUUUGUGUUUUUUUUUUUUUUUUUAAAUGUUUCCUUGCUUUUAUGUAUGGCUCUUGUAACACUCCUGACCUGAAGAAAUUUAACUCCCUUACCUUAAAAAAACCACUUUUUUUUUUUGCGAAAAUAUUUCAGAAACAAUUGGAAGUUUAAUACCCUCAAGAAAUUGGAGGUCAACAUGGGAAAGUCUAUGCAAUAAUAUUGGCUUUUUUUUAGAAGUAGUAGCCUUAACUUGAAAUUUGUAAAUAGUCAUCAGUCAUUUAUUAAUGCAGUCAAGAAAACAAUGUCUAGAGAAAGUGCUUGAUUCUUUCAGUUUUCUGGUUUUAAAUGUAAAACUGUUGUAAAUGUUACCAACUGUACAGAUUUUCUGCUGAGAGCAGUUCGUGUUUCUAUUGCUUUUGCGUGGGAUGUUGCUGGAAA